CACGCGACAUCAGCAAUACAUUUACAAAAUGUUUACUUGCUUUUCCAUAAAUGAAGUCUGAUUCUAGGACUGACCUUCUUUACAGUUCGCUACCCAGCCAAGACUCAGACUUCAAGCAACAUGACCGCAUGGAUCGGAUCGGCUGUGCUGGGGGCGCUCAAAUCCGUGUCCGUUGAGCCCGUGAUGCUGGUGGACGGAGCGUGCAAUCAAGCGAUGCUUCUCUUCAUCGAGAACGUUCAGAUGAACAAAAUUUGUUCUAUCAAACUUGGCCUCCCUGAUCAGGUGUGCAACAACCUGUCUGAACAUCCCGAGAAGGACGUUUUAGUUCAGAGAGAGUUCAGCGUCUUCGCCUUCUACAACAGCAUCAUCAUGUCUAUCAUUCCUCUCAUCUUCGUGCUCUUUAUGGGAGCUUGGAGUGAUAAAUACGGAAGGAAGAUUCCUUUGCUGAUGACGCUGAUUGGCCAUGUCAUGUACGCCGGAGGAUAUCUCUUGAGCAACUGGCAGACGUCUUGGCCCGUCGAGGUCAUCUACCUCGUCACCGUCUUGGAGGCUUUGGGCGGCGGCAACGUGGGCCUCUUGUGUACCACCAUCAGCUACAUCAGUGAUAUUUGCCCCGAGAAAACUCGCACCUCUCGCGUCAGCACAGCCAACUCUCUGUGGUACCUUGGGGGUCCUGUGGGCACCCUGCUUGGGGCGCUGGUCAUUAAGUACGGCGGCUACAACUUGGCUCUCCUGCUGGUCCUGCUGGCCUACCUCUCGGCCGUCCUGUACGUGGCGUUCGUCAUCAAAGAAUCGCACGGACCUUUCGCCAAGACAAAUUUGCAGGACAAUGAAUCAGCCAAGCAAGAAGCAAGUCUCGACAGCAAGGAUGUGUCCAAACUGCGCAUGGCGUCCGAUUUCUUCAACUGGCGGCGUGUGGUCGAGUCGUUCAAGACGGCGUUCAGACAGCGCGAGGGCAACGCUCGCAUGUUCAUCAUGGCCAUCAUCCUCAGCAACAUGCUCCGUCGCGUCGCUAGAGGUUUCUUCAUGUACAUGUUCGUGCGUCGCGCCCUGUCCUGGGAGGCCACCGACUACGGCUACUGGAUCACCUAUCGGAACCUGCUUGCGGCCAUCGGUUCGCUGUUUCUGGUGCCGAUCCUCACCAAGAUGCUGUCUUUUACGGACGCCUCGCUGGCCGUGCUGGGCUCCUUAUCCAUCAUGGGCGAAUAUGUGUGCUACAGUCUUGUCAACGGCGUGUCUCAGGCGUUCCUCAUGUGGUUGGGACCUCCCGUCGGCGUCAUCUCCAACGCCAGCGUCAUCGCCUUUAGAUCGUUGUCCACCAAACUUGUCAGCAAAGAGGAGAAAGGUCGCAUCAGCGCAGUCAUGGCCGCCAUGAAUGGCCUGAUGCCCAUGGUCGCCUACGCCGCCUAUUCCCCCAUUUACUACAUGACAGUUGACACAUUGCCAGCUGCCCAGUUCUUCUUCGGGGCCUCACUCAACGUGCUUAUCAUGAUCAUAUUCAUAGUCAUCCAGUUGAUGAGCGUUUCGUCUUCUUACGAAACAAAGGAUUUAGAAUCCGGCGACAAAAAGGACAAGAAUCUUUUCAAGGACUUCAGGAACAAAUCCACGGUUACACUGAAAUCUAUUGCAAGGACUCUUAGCGGCCCUGUAGGCGAGACGCCCUCACAAGAGGCUACACAGAAUGAUAAAUAUAAGGUUCAGUCAGUCGAGAGGCAGAACACAGUUGCGACAGCAGUUGAGAGGACCACUACCGACGAAGGAAAGGGGAUAGAUGUGAGCAUGGCGCAUGAAAUAACCUUAGGUCACGAGAAAUGGAAUGGAAUGCCGCAGUAUGGCGCAGUCAUUCCUUCAGAUUUUCCAUUUGACGAAAGUGAUAAGAAAUCAUCUCCGAAUGGUGGAGAGAGUGACUGUGAAGCGAGAGAUCACUGUAGCUGUAGAGUGGCCAGAGAAGAAGCCAGUUGUUAUUCCAACAAGAUGAGUGAUACGCAGAUCACUGCCUCGGAGACUCCUUGAUAAGGCCGA